AUGGCCUCCCUCAAAAACCUUCUCUCACAACGCCGUUUCCACCAACUCAUAAACCCCAAAACCCUAAAUCCCCUCCAUUACAAUUUCACACUCAGACCCAUCGCAACCUCACCCCAAACCCAGCAAAUCAAAAAACCCCUCAGCACUUUCUUCUCCGAAGUAAUGUCAGGUAAAACCACAACAAUAGAAGAAAACAAUCACGGCGACGUCGAAAUGGAGAAAAAACUGAAGCAAUUAACAGAAGAAGUUAGAAUCUUGAAGGAGAAAAAAACAAAAGGGGUUCCGAUUUUUACAAAAGAGGUUCCAAAGAAAGUUGAUAAGAGGAGUUUGUUUUCUGUGUUUACCAAUCAGCCUCCUCCUGAUGGUGUAAUAAGUGCGAAAAAGCAGAAGCCGAGGGAGCCUUUUGUUGUUAAGGAGCUUUCAAUUGAUAUGGUGGUGUUUUUGAAGUAUCUGUAUGGAAAUGGGUAUUUUAAGGAUGCGAAAUUUGAUAACGUUCAUGAAAGAUUUGAUCUUGGUUGGUUUGAGAAUCCUUAUGCUUUCGGGUAUGCGAAGUUUGCAGCACAGAAAUUUGCAAGUGAUAAUCUUGAAAUUGCCAAAUGGCUAUCAGGAAGUGCAAUAAAGCAAGUGGCGGUGUUUGGCUGCCCCUCCACUGGCAAGAGUUGUGUCUUCCCUGCGAAAAGACUGCGGAAAUUUUUUGAGGUUCCAGAAAAUACAGUUUGUGGUAAAUGCAUGCUGCGAAAAUCAUGCAAGUUUGCGAAUCAAAACGUGUGGAAGUGUGAUGCCAAUAAAUUGGACAUGGAGUUAGUUAUGAAGGUUGUGAUUUCAUAUGCUUUACACUUGGUGCAUCCUCACCUAGUAGUGUCUGAUGAAGUGAACAAGUCAGUAAAUCAUUUACUGAACGAGUUUGUGAAACUGAGUAAAAUCACCUGA